UUAUUUUUUUAUAAAAAAUAAAAAUAAAAUGUGUGUGUGUGUGAAAAAACACUGUUUUGUACGAGUAAAAAUGCCCUAAACAGCUGAGUCUCUGGCAAGGAAAAAAGACCUAGGCGGAGCUUCCUUCUCGGUUUCUGAAAUCCGCAAGUUACAGAGGAAAAAAAAAGAAUGAGUACAGGUGGAGAAAAGGGAUCAACAACUACAAAAACACCAGCUGAUUUCCUUAAAUCAAUUCGCGGGCGACCUGUUGUAGUUAAGCUCAAUUCUGGAGUUGAUUAUAGAGCCAGCAAUCUGAUAUGUGCAGGUAUUCUAGCCUGCCUGGAUGGAUAUAUGAAUAUAGCCAUGGAGCAAACAGAAGAAUACGUAAAUGGACAGUUAAAAAACAAGUACGGUGAUGCUUUCAUACGAGGAAAUAAUGUUCUCUACAUCAGUACAUCAAAGAGGACACUUGCAGAUGGUGCAUAGUUUCAAGGAACAAGAACUAAAGAAAAGAACUCUGCCUGAGGACGGCUAUCAUGUGUUGUUUUUAAACUUGCAGUGGAAAUUAUCUUGUUAGUUAAAUUUCGUUGCUUCGUGUGAGAUGAGACAAGAAACGGUAAUUGAACUUUGAACUGUUUAAGGGCCUCCUGUUUAAUAUCCACUGAAACAUUUCUACUUAUAA